UUUUACUGUCUAUGGUCUUUUCGCCUCUUUUUCAGUAAAUUCAAUCAGCCUUUAAAAUGUAAACAUACGUGAUCCAAUUAGAUGAACGAACGUGAAAGCACAUUAUUUAUAUUCCGGAUCUAAUCGCAUUAGGUCUCUAAAGAAGAGGUUCCUCUCAUAAACCAUUCCAUGUGACGUCUUUCCACAACAAACAUGUCACAUGGGUGAAGUUUUAUCUACUCGUAUAUCAACGAAUGGCUUACUUAUACAUUUAUAUUGCUGUUUAACCGUGUAAAAAUCUAUAAUAUGGGAAUGAAGAAGACUCGUGGACAGGGCUCUGGGUUGGGGAGAGCUUUAAUAAAGGAGAGACUGAACGCAGGCCGUGGAUACAGGAGAAAUGACACAUGGCUUCACACCAGUGAGCUGAAUGAUGGAUAUGAUUGGGGUCGACUCAACCUGCAGUCUGUCACAGAGCAGAGCUCUCUGGAUGACUUUCUGGCCACAGCUGAACUUGCUGGAACUGAAUUUGUUGCAGAGAAGCUGAAUAUAAAGUUUGUCCCAGCUGAGGCGAGGGCCGGCUUGCUUUCUACUGAGGAGACCACACGACUGAAGAAACUCCACGAGGACAACAAACAGUUCUUACGGAUUCCCCGAAGGUCUCGUGUAUUCAGCGUUGUGUUCCGUCACUGUUGUUGUGCUUUUGAUUGUGGUUUAUGUAAUUAUGUUCUGCAGCAAAACGAGAGGGACCGUUUCCUUACAUGGAGAAGAGAACUGGCUCGGUUGGAAGAGGAACAGAAGCUGAUUCUUACCCCUUUUGAGAGGAAUCUUGAUUUCUGGAGGCAACUCUGGAGAGUCAUUGAGAGAAGUGAUGUUGUGGUUCAAAUCGUUGAUGCCAGAAACCCACUUCUCUUCCGCUGUCCAGAUCUUGAAAAAUAUGUAAAAGAGGUCACAGUUCAUAAAGUAAACAUGCUUCUGCUGAACAAAGCGGACCUUCUCACAAGAGAACAGAGACGAGCUUGGGCCCGAUACUUCCAGAAAGAGGGGAUCAGAGCAGUGUUCUGGUCCGCUUUAGCUGAGGCACAACGACUCGAGGCAGAGGAGAAGGUAAUAUAUGGAUCUACAGACGAAGAGGAUCAGAGUGAUACGGAACAGGAAGCAAGCUCCAAAAAUGCCACAGAUCUCCGUGAGGAGCAUAGCACUUCAACAAAUGAAGAGAAAGAUGAGAGUGCGCAGGAUGAAGAGGAGGAAACUGAAGAAGCAAGAGUCUGUGUUGAUGAGACAGAAUGGCAGACAUGCUCUGAGGAAUCAGGAGACGAAGAUCAUGCUGAGGAGAAACCUGAAUCCUCAGCGGUUUCAUCUUUCUACAACUCAAGCCGUUUGUUACGCAAAAAUGAGCUGCUGGAAAUGUUUAAGUCUGUGCAUUCUGGGCCGACAUACAAAGAUGGACAAAUCACAGUUGGUUGGGGAGUGGGAUAUCCCAAUGUUGGAAAAAGCUCUACCAUCAACACCAUCCUGAGGAAUAAGAAAGUCUCAGUUUCAGCUACACCUGGACACACAAAGCAUUUUCAGGUGAUGUUUGUUGAUCCUGGUCUCUGUCUGUGUGAUUGUCCCGAACUGGUCAUGCCUUCCUUUGUGUCCACCAAAGCCGAGAUGAUUUGCAGCGGGAUCCUACCCAUCGAUCAGAUGAGAGAUCACGUUCCAGCCAUCUCUUUGGUAUGUCAGACUAUCCCUCGAACUGUGCUGGAGGGGACCUACGGUAUCAACAUCAUCAGACCGAGGGAGGACGAGGACCCCGAUCGACCCCCGACUCACGAGGAGCUGCUCAUGGCAUAUGGAUAUAUGAGAGGCUUCAUGACAGCACAUGGCCAGCCAGACCAAUCAAGAUCAGCUCGUUAUAUUUUGAAAGACUAUGUCAAUGGUAAACUCCUUUACUGCGACCCUCCACCUCACAUCAACACUCAAGACUUCCAGCCUCAGCACGCCAGGUUUGCCAGGCAGAGUGGAGGAUUCCAACAGAUUGCUAGCCAUGCUGACAAACCAGAAAAAGUCAGACGCAUAGAGAACACAGUGGAUAAACAUUUCUUUCAUCAGGAAAAUGUGCAAGCGCUGACCAAGGGUGUGCAGAUGGUGAUGGGUUAUAAGCCCGGAAGUGGUCCUGUUGGGCCUUUAAACGCAAAUACAGAGCAACAGAUUGGGAAACCUUGGAAAAAACAUGGUAACCGGAACAAGAAGGAGAAAGUGAGAAGACUCAACAAACAUCUAUGCAUAAUCCAUAUUCUAAGAUGUUUGGAUUGGAUACACUCUUUAUUGCAAAGACCGUACUUUCACAAUGGCUCAUACCUAGAUGUAAUUGAUAAAUGCUGCUGGAAAUUCCUCUUUGUUUAAAAUAUCACUUAUAAUAACAAACUAUCCCUCUGUAUUCUUUCAGUGUUUGGGAUGAAGAGAUUAAAGAACACAGGCACAUGCUAAUAAAAGAAGCCCUCUUUAAAUGUCAUUGAAAGGAAUUGUAUUCUUUACUAAAAUUGUGGAUAACAUUUAGUAGAAUAUAUGGAUGUCUAACAAAGCUGACAAUGAUCCUUUAAGUUUAGUGACAGUUUCUAAUUUGUUAUUAUUUGUAUCAAAUUUAUCAUUAGUACUGCAUUUUUUUUUUCCAAGCUGUAAUACUAUUUAUAUAUGAGAUUGUGUGGAAAUGAAUGGUACUAAUAGCCAAAGGUUUGUAAAUUACCUUUUUAAUGAAAAAUGAAAUAAAAUAAUUGUUAAUUUAGAA